AGAUUGCUUUUCUCAGGCGGUGUUGAGCAUAGCCGUGCUCGGUCGCUCUGAUUGUUUCUCGUCUCUGCUGAUCCGGCGCCCCGCUACCGAGAGCAGCCCCGCAGGGGAAAAAAGCUCCGAGAAUCAAGCCGAGUUUGUCCCCAAUACUUCUGGGCUGAAAGCCAGCGCGUUUUUUUCCAACAUGUCUGUUGAACUGGAAGAAGCUGACCUGCCGCUGACCGAAGCAGAAGAGGCGCCUCUGGCUCCGGAAAAGAAAGGGGCGGCCAGGAAAGCCAAAGGUGUCGUGUCGGCACUGUCUCCAUCCAAGAAGAAGAAAAACAAUAAGAAAAAGAACCAGCCUGGCAAGUACAGUCAGCUAGUGGUGGAAUCCAUCCGCAAACUGGGCGAGCGUAAUGGCUCCUCGCUGGCCAAAAUCUACAACGAAGCCAAGAAAGUGGCUUGGUUCGACCAGCAAAACGGGCGGACCUACCUCAAAUACUCCAUCAAGGCGCUGGUGCAAAACGACACUUUGCUCCAAGUGAAAGGCACCGGCGCCAACGGCUCCUUCAAGCUCAACAGGAAAAAGCUGGAGGGGGGAAGCGAAGGAGGCGCCGGAGGAGGCGGUGGCGGCGGCGGCUCCCACGCCAAAUCCCACAAGAAGGUGGUCGUCGUCGCAUCCACUUCGCGAAAGGUCGAGAAGAAGCCCGUCGCCAAGACCAAGAAGCUGGAGAAGAAAUCGCACAAGAAAGGCGCGGGCGGCGGGACCCCCAAGAAAGAGAAGGUGAAAGCGAAGAAAGCCCCCAAGAAGAGCGUGGCUUCCCCCAGCGCCAAGAAGGUGAAAAAAUCGGCGAAGCCCAAGGCUCUCAAGAGCAGGAAAUGAGACUGGCCGGCCUCCGACUUGGAGGGAAGAAGAUGCCGCCUCCGUUGUCUUUCGCCCCGAGACGACACUUGACUUUUAGCUCACAAGCACAGAGCCAUGUUUCCAGCUUUGAUAUUUUCUUAAUUUUUUGUCUCUUUUUUUGGCCCUAUUCCUGCGUCAUUUCUUCCCUCGGAAGGGCGAGCCUGUGUAAAAUAGCACUUCGCUUUCAACCACAGACCCGUCGAGAUCAUUGGGACAUUUUGGAUCGUUGGAAAGGGGUUGUUACCUUCAACCUCGCCCCCUUUUUCUUUUUUUAUUGGAAUAUGGUUGCCAUUGGAAGCUUGCUUUUUCUGCUUUUGUGUUCUGCAAAAGUAGCGUGAUGUCGUUGUAAAUACUUUCUUCUUCCUUCCCCCCCCCCACACCCCCAUAUCUGGGCGAGGUUCUGUCCCUCUUCAUCAGCCCCCAAUUUUACUGAAGUGGGAGGUGAGGGUCACCCUUGGUGGAUUCUAAAGUUUGAACUACCAGCAGUCUCGGUCGCCCCCUCUUUAAAGGCUGGGAUGCCAUGGCAACAGCCUGUUGGAUGCACCGGCGUCCGCCCAGUUCCUGGGCCUGAAGUGCUGGCGGCGCUUGCAUGCGGGAUUCGGGGGCGGGGGGAGCGGUCGCAUGGGACCAAGUGACCAGCCGAGUAGCUGAUUUUUACCUCGGAGACUUGCGCAAUCACUGCAGGUUUGAAAUACGUAUCUGGGGGCGGGCGGGGGAGGGGAAAGUGCAGUUCACCCUCGCCUACAAGAUUUUGUAUCGUCCUUUUCAGGUUUCGUCUUCAAAUGCCUUUUUUUUAAAUACAAGAUUGCCUCGUGUUUUUUGUUCUCAAUAAAUCGUUUUAAAACAUUUUCUCA